GCAAGUUCUCUAAACCAUUUGUAUAGAGUGUAGAAAUAUGUAAGCGAAUUCGACAGGAAUUUAGGUCAGUCAAGUACACUUCUCUGCUCAGCACUAAAUCAAUCGAUAAUGCUAAUUUCUGGGAUAACCCGCAUAUUUUUAACGCCCAACAUGAGGGUGGAUCUUGCUAUAUAAAAGCCAUCAAUUGUGAAGAAGGAGCCAGGUGAAGCUUGAGCCGCAUCAGCAUGAGAUUCCUUACUGUUCUGGCUGCUUCGGUUUUGGUGGCUCUUGUGGCCAUCAGCCAAGCCGACGACAGUCCAGGAUUCUUCCUGAAGAUUACUAAGAACGUGCCGCGGCUGGGAAAGCGAGGGGAAAGUUUUGCCAUGAAAAACCUAAAGACCAUUCCCCGCAUAGGACGAAGUGAGCAGAGCGCGGUGACUCCUCUGCUGGCCUGGCUCUGGGAACUGGAUACAACUCCCAAUAAGCGACGUCUGCCUGCUGGGGAACCUUUAGCAAAGGAACACGAACUGAACGUGGUGCAGCCCGUCAACUCCAACACCCUCCUAGAGCUGCUUGACAACAACGCCAUUCCGAGUGAGCAGGUGAAAUUUGUCCACUGGAAAGAUUUUGAUCGUGCCCUCCAGGCCGAUGGAGACCUCUAUAGCAAGGUUAUCCAAUUGGGCCGCCGACCGGAUCAGCACCUAAAGCAGACCCUAAGCUUUAACAACUUUGUGCCCAUCUUUGGGGAAGACCAGAGCCCGGCAUUCAUGAGUUACAAGAAUGACCAGGAUCAGGACCUCUACGGCGGCGGCAGUCGCUACGAUCGCAACUUCCUGAGGUACAACACGCUGUAAGGAGAAGUCCCAACGGAAUUUCCGAGCCUAAUUCGAAAUAGAGCUACUGAGGCUUGAUAGCAAGCAUCUUUUAUACGAAUAUCAAAUUAUGAUUAAAACUUAAAGAGCUCUUAAAUACGCUAUAAAUAUAAAUAUAUCCCGAUCCUUAAGAAAGGUCAAAGCAA